CAACAACUACAGGCAUAUGUAGCCUGGGUGAAUUCCCAGCUGAAGAAGAAGCCAACAAUAAAGCCAGUCCAAGACCUGAGACAAGAUCUCCGAGAUGGAGUCAUUCUUGCUUUGCUCAUUGAGAUUGUAGCUGGUGAGAAGUUGAAUGGCAUUCAGGUCAACCCCACCAGCCAGCAGGAGAUGAAGGAAAAUGUGGAGAAAGUCUUACAGUUUGUGGCAUCAAAAAAGAUCCGCAUGCAUCAGACAUCAGCAAAAGAUAUCGUUGAUGGGAACUUGAAAUCUAUCAUGAGGUUGAUCCUGGCCUUAGCUGCUCAUUUCAAACCAGGCUCUGGGAGAGCAAUGAAUCAUAGCCCUGGUGGCAUGGUGGGGAAGAGCUUGUCAGCAUCGUCCGCCAGUCACAGGCCUCGCUCCGCUGCUGCAGUGGCCCAAGGGGCGGUGGCUGCUCUGGCAGAUGUUCGUCAAGAUGUCUUGCAAUCCGGCCGCGAUGUUUUCCGGCACAGACAGAGAAAUAGCAGCAUGGAUGAGGAGAUUGAAAACCCCUACUGGAGUGUCCGGGCACUGGUGCAGCAGUAUGAAGGGCAGCAGAAUCUGCCGUUGGAGUCCCAGUCUUCCAGUCUUACAUCGCCCAGUCCUAUCCAUAGUGUGAAGAGCGAAUCCACUGUAGCCCCAUCAGAGGAGAAGGAAAGACUUGUGAUCAUCCACACUGAAGAAACAGAAACUAAAACAGAAGAGACAGAAUCUCAUUUUCAGCCUGAGUGGCAAGCAGGGAACCCUGGGUCCUAUUUGGAGAAUUCAUGGGAGGAGCAACUUCUGGAACAACAGGACCAUUUGGAAAAGGAAAUGGAGGAAGCAAAGAAGAUGAUUUCCUGUUUGCAG